AAUGCCUGUCAGCCGGCGCAUUAUUUUGAGGUGCAGCGCUGAACGGACGAAGUUGAUGUCUUUCACUGUUUGCUGUCCGCUAAUUCCCAGCAUCUUCACCUCUGUGUGAGCAUACCUCAACUGUCUGUCGAAUCCGACGCACCGUGCACCGAUUGCGCAACGACGAGACCAACGAAAGUUUGCUGCCGUUUCCACGAGUGUGUCAAACUUCUCCGCACAGCUGAACAAACAUCCACCAGCCAUCUUCCAACCCGAUAGCAGCCUGAUUGCCGACAACCCCAGCCUCAACCACCGACACCCGCGCCCCUCUUCACCAUGGUGAGAGACACCAAAUUCUACGACGUCCUCGGCGUCUCACCCGAUGCCGACGAAUCGAAGCUCAAGACCGCCUACCGGAAAGGCGCUCUGAAGCACCACCCAGACAAGAACGCCCACGAUCCGGGAGCCGCAGAAAAAUUCAAGGAAAUCUCACACGCAUACGAGGUCCUUUCAGAUCCCCAGAAGCGCCAAAUCUAUGACCAGUAUGGCGAGGAAGGUCUCGAGCAGGGCGGCGGUGGUGCAGGAGGCAUGGCUGCUGAGGACCUGUUCGCCCAGUUCUUCGGCGGUGGUGGUGGUGGUUUCGGUGGCAUGUUCGGCGGUGGCAUGAGAGAUCAAGGGCCAAAGAAGGCACGCACCAUCCACCACGUACACAAAGUUUCACUCGAGGACAUUUACCGCGGAAAGGUCUCGAAGCUCGCACUGCAAAAGUCCGUCAUCUGCGCCAAGUGCGAUGGACGAGGUGGUAAGGAGGGCGCUGUCAAGACAUGUGCGGGCUGCAACGGCCAGGGCAUGAAGACAAUGAUGCGCCAAAUGGGUCCCAUGAUUCAGCGCUUCCAGACUGUCUGCCCAGACUGUAACGGUGAGGGUGAACAGAUCCGGGAGAAGGAUAAGUGCAAGCAAUGCAACGGCAAGAAAACUGUCAUCGAGCGAAAGGUCCUCCACGUGCACGUCGACCGCGGUGUGCAGAGCGGCACCAAGAUUGACUUCCGUGGCGAGGGUGACCAGAUGCCAGGCGUACAGCCCGGUGACGUCCAGUUCGAGAUCGAGCAGAAGCCACAUGCACGAUUCCAGCGCAAGGGUGACGAUCUCUUCUACCACGCUGAGAUCGAUCUUUUGACUGCCCUCGCGGGUGGUGCCAUUUACAUUGAGCACCUCGAUGACAGAUGGUUGACCGUGGAGAUUCUCCCCGGCGAGGUCAUCUCACCAGGCGAGGUCAAGGUCAUCCGAGGCCAAGGCAUGCCAUCAUACAGGCACCACGACUACGGCAACAUGUACGUCCAGUUCGAUGUCAAAUUCCCAGAGCGACUUUCUGGGCCGCCGGAUGCCGACGGCUACCCAACCCCGCUUGCACCAGAGCAGAUCAAAGCUCUCGAAAGUGUUCUUCCGCCACGCCUACCGCAAAACAUCCCACCUCCAGAUGCCAUGACCGAGGACUACCCACUCGAGAAGGUCGACCCCACGCGAGAAGGCGAGCGUGUUGCAAGAGGCGUCACAGACGAAGACGACGAUGAGAUGCACGCCGGUGGUGAAAGAGUGCAAUGCGCGUCGCAGUAAACGGAAAUAUGGACACGAUACCCAUGAAGUGGAUGACGAGCCGAGCAGGAUAGAGACGAAGUUUUCAUGAUGCACACGGAGCGCCGGACACGAUAGAUCGUAGUCGAUGACGCUGCGCCUCCGAGCUGUAGACUCGGAAGUUGUGGCUGAUGGACUCGGCACGCUCUAGCACACCAAUUGCAUAGAGAUUUUUGCUUUGCUUCAGUGAAACGAGCAUUCAUCUGCGAGACUUCUGAUGGAGAGCAUAGCCAUUACAGUUUGUGGCUCUGGGAGUACGGCGUCAUAGAAAGAUGAUUCUCUCUAGCCAGGACUAAAUGGGUAGUAGCGAUUAGCUGUUCUAUCUUUACCUCUUUGCACAAUUACAUUUUUGGUGUGUCAAGAUCUAUGUCUGAUGGGAAGGUGUGAAAACGAGACACAUUUUCUAUGACAUUCGGCAGGUUGGAGAUGCAAAUGCUGCUUAUGCUAACCGCUUUCUUGCAGGCUUGUCAUGGGUGGCAACACAAUGAUUCAGCGGCCCACAUGCGACCGGAGUCGAUUCAAGCCAAAACAAAGCUCUCUUCCUUCAAGCUCUCACUCAGACCACAAGCUCUGAGCUCGUCGUACAUA